AGGCUGCUUUGCUCUGCUGCCUUCUCUGGACAAAAAGACUUCUUCAAAGGAAGGGUCCAGGAGACCUUGAGCAUUGUAUGACAACGAGGAGGAAGAGGACGAUACGUUUCGCAACACCCACCCUGACCAAGGAAGACACAACACUGAGCUGAAUUCGGAAAAGCAGAGGCGAAUAAAGUGCUCCCCGCUACUGAAAUUCCCAAACUGGGCCCAAAGGUGCGACAAGGACGAGGCUGAGUGGACCCCCUCUGUGAAAUGGCCUCCUGCAUCUCUCUGACCAGGAAGAAACUUGCUGCCAUGAUGUGCCUCCUCAGCGCCGCGCUCUGGAACUUGAUGUCCGUUUCCCAUCUGUUCCAUGACCCCAGCCAAGCCCAGGCCCACAACCGUUCCCUGACGGUACUGAUUUGGGGCUGGCCAUUUGGACAUGCCUUUAACUUUACCCAGGAUGUCUGUGCCACCCUCCAUGGUACCACAGGCUGCCACCUGACCUGGAACCGCAGUCUGUACAACCAAUCAGAUGUGGUGGUUUUCCACCACUGGGUGCUCCAGCAUGGCGGGUCCAGCCUCCCCAGAUCUAAGCUCCAUCCGUGGCAAAAGUGGGUGUGGCUCUCCCUGGAGUCUCCCGCCCACACCAAAAUUCUGGCUGGCUGGGACGGGAUGUUCAAUUGGGUCAUGACAUACAGGCGGGACUCUGACAUCUUCCUCCCUUACGGGGAGCUUGUGCCUCAGCCGUCAGGCAAUGUGAACAUCCCAGAGAAGACCAGUUUAGUGUCCUGGGUGAUCAGCAACUACUACCACACCCAAGAGAGAGCACACCUGGUCCACGACCUGUCCAAGCACAUCAAGAUCGACGUGUAUGGCAAAGCAAACAGAAAGCCACUCUGUCCAGCCUGCCUUUUGGCCACUAUUUCCAAGUACAAGUUCUACCUGGCCUUUGAGAACUCCAUCUACCAGGACUACAUCACCGAGAAGCUCUGGAGGAACGCACUCCUGGCAGGGACAGUGCCUGUGGUCAUGGGCCCCCCCAGAGCCAACUACCAGCAGUUCAUUCCCUCCGAGGCUUUCAUCCACGUCGACGAUUUCAGCUCUGCAAAGGAACUCGCGGACUUCCUGGCUACCAUGAACGACAGCCUCUACCGCCGCUACUUUGAGUGGAAGCGGAACUAUGCCGUAAAGCUGUGGGAUAACUGGGCCGAACGCUUCUGCACCAUAUGCCAGCAGUACCCCAGCUUGCCCCAGGGAAAAGUCUAUCCCAGUGUGGAGAGGUGGUUCCAGGCUUAGCAAUCAGGAUGGGCUGAAGUCAGAGGCAUUGCUAGGCCCUUAAAAGCACAAAUUUGCACAUGGUCAAUUUUUUAUGUUUACAUGCAGAUAUAGGCUCAGGUUUAAAGGGAAAGGUGCCCUGUAAGCAAAGGGCUGUUGUUUUUUUAAAAAAGUAUAGUUAAAAUGGAGGGAGAGCAGGGCAGGAGAUCUAGGGCCCAGUGCAAAAGACCCAAGGGCACACUCAGCCCCACGGCUGGGCCACCCCGCCCCCAAACAAAGGCAGUGGCUGGAUUAGUCAGAGGCAGUCUGCUUCCAAAUACCAGUUGCCAGAAAACGCAGGAGGGUAGAGAGCGCUUCUUGCGCUCAGGUCUUGCCUGCGGGCUUCCCAGAAGAGGCAUCUGGUUGCCCACUGUGAGAACAGGUUGCCGGACUAGAUGGGCCAGUGGCCUGAUCCAGCAGGCUCUUCUGAUGGUCUGAUUCGUUCACACCAGGAGCUUCCUGGGCUGUGCGAAAUUGGGGUGAAUAAUGAGGCUGCAAGAGCAAAUGACCUGUAUUUUUGUCCCUAUGCCCCUUGCUUCUUCAGCUCCUUCUGACCUGAUGGGUGUAUAAAUUGUUCCCGGGGGAGGUGGUCCUGCUUGGCUGUUUCUUGGGCAAAGAGACAAAUUGUUCCACAAGACCCCUGGCUGCUGCCUGUAUCCUUAGUCAAGCACCCCAAACUCUGCUCUAGACAGUUUUCUUAACUCACCCCCCCCACACACACACACAUGCCGCUUGCAAUUGCCUUUGCUUCUUGAUUAACUUUCCUCUGGAUCAGCCUCAAGGCUCCACUGGGCUUCAGGCUGCCCCAGUCCUCUCAGGAUUUGCACCCAUGCCCUUGGCUGCCGGCUGCCCAGCCAGCACUGACACUUUAGGCCAAACUGUUCUUAAUGUUGGUUUUCUCAUCUCCACUCAGCGGCCAGGCUGAGCCUUGCACACCACACCUUUUGUCCAAGGCUCUGGGGGUUUCUACCAACCUGUUCCUGGCAUAUGGUUUCCAUUUGGGGGGUGGGGACAGUUUUGCUUGCUUUGCACCAGACAGUGGUUGCAUGUCUAGCUGGGCACCAUUUUAUGCCUUGCUGCAAAGAUGGUUGGGUGCAAUGAAAGAGAUGAGGUGGGAGAAAGUUUAGCAUUUUGAUGCAUUUUCAUGUCUGGGCCAGCAAAUGCAAAGGGUACAAUCCCUGCUAAUUCCCACAGCACAUGCAGCAUAUGUUUUGUCCAUAUGAAUGGGACACAGGGCUGCGACAGUGUCAUGCUGUGACUCCACCAAUGAUCAGUUCUUGUCUCUUGUCACCUGCCACAUCAAACUCUGCAGCCAGCUCAGCCUCUUAGAGGAGCCAGAGUGGGAAAUGCUCUGGGGAGAAGUCUCACGCGGGUCAGUGCAAAGUUCACAAGGGUGCCAAGAUCUGAUUCUGGGAACUUACAACCUAUAUCUUUCCCACAGAAGAAGAAGAAAAUUGAUAAAACGAGUUUUACAUGCAUUUCCACAAGUAAAGAUUU